AUGGCUACGAAGGUCAUUACCAUCUGCUUCACCGCCAUGCGUGUAUCGACAGGCCUUCACAUCAGUCUUGUAGCUACGGCUGUCGCUGCUCUUAUGCUCGAGGCUACUGGUACCAGGUUUCGCGACAUCGCGGCAGUUUCAAUUCAACGAGCCUCAGGUUCAAGUCCUUACACAAUCCUUCCUGCUUCAUUGCGAGUUGCUAGAGUCAGCGUAUUUGGUGUGCUGCACGCUUCGAUCAUUAUUCUAGGGACAAUUAUUCUAGUCGCUUCGACCUUUACGUCCACGAUACUGCUAACGGACCUGGAGAACGUCAAUAUCGCUGGACCUAUGCAGACAAAGCUUCUUCCAAUUGGACUCGGACCGAUUACUACCUUAUCUGCGAAUGGUGUUCUUCACUACAGGUCCAGUCCUUUUGCGAACUGGCGAUUUGGCGAAAUGAAGUCUGGCGACGUUACCUCGACUGCCGAGAUUGCCGACACCGGAAGUACAUACCGUGCUCUUCUACCCUACAUGAAGGAGGAGUCUAGAACAUUGUUGGAGCACUACACUGGGCCAGGGCUGGUGGGUAACUUCAGAACAAAUGAAUUCCGCUUUCAAGCCCUGCUACCAACCAAAUGGAAUGAAAGCCACGCAGCUACCCUUCCACUCUCGCUCGCUAAUAGUUACCACGCUGGUCCCCCCGGGGAUCUAGGUCUUACAGAUCCCCUCUCAGGCCGUAACUUCAGGUUCAUCCCCCUGCUGCUUCUCAAGUCCAGUCCUAUUCUGCUGCAUGGAUUUGGGCACCUAGAUUUAGGUGGCGAGACUGAUGAGAGCAAAGCUAUGGACAAGAUUGAUCAGCUGAAAGGAUUAAGGACAAAUAUGGACGGUCAUUGGACAACAGCUUCGUUAAAGAAUGGUACCGAAGUGUUCAGUGUGACAUUAUGUUUUGUCGCGGAUAAUGCACCGGAGCUUCACGAAAUUACUAUGACUGGGAUGGCUAUCCCAUCUGAGCCCACAGUCGAGUGGCAGAGGAACGGCCCUUGGAAGAGUAGUCAGCAACUGCGGAAACAGCUUGGCGUUGGAGUUCUCAACAAAGGCUACAGGAGACGACAUAUUAUGCAGCUUGAGAUCGGAGUGCAUGACUCGAAAUACUCAAAAUCAAUGACGGAGCACAAGAACUUUGCUCUUGAACAAGCGCUGUUGGGGUACCCACCCCAAGGAUGCUGGGCAAUGACAAACUACAAGGAUCUCUAUGAGGAAGAUUGGAUCGAUUAG